AUGGUCACUGCGUUCCCGCUCGUGAGCGGCUUCUUCUUGGACGCGUUGGGCCGGAAGGUUUCCCUCAUGAUCGGCAGCUUGAUCUUCCUGCUCGGCUCAGUUAUCCAGGCAACGUGCUCAAGCGUCGCAGUCAUGAUCGUGGGGCGUUUUGUGGCUGGCUGCUCGAUCGGCAUCCUCAGCACUGUCGUGCCCCUCUACCAGAGCGAGUUGGCGCCGCCACACCUGCGUGGAGGCCUCACGGCGAUCGCCCAGGUCAUGGUCGUGCUUGGCGUUGCGGUCGCCGCUUUCGCCGAUGCGUUGCUGCUGCCCUUGGCCGAUGGCUGGCGGUGGGCGAUUCUUCUGCCCGUGCUGCCCGGCUUGGUGCUCUUUGUCGGCAUGUUCUUCCUCCCGAGGUCGCCACGUUGGCUGGUGCAGCACGGCCAGGAGGACGCUGCCCUCCGUGUGCUUCUGUCGAUACGGGAUGAGGCGGAGGCCCGAUCGGAGCUGCAGGAGAUCGUCUUAGACCAGCAGCGCGCCAGGGCCUCCGGCCCCCACUUGCGCUGGUCGGAGCUGUGCUCUGGCCGCAACGCCCGCCUUCUUGCGGUGGGCGUCACGCUGCAGCUGCUCCAGCAGUUGACCGGAAUCAACGUCUUCGUGAGCUUCGGCCCUCGAAUCUUCAUCAGCCUGGGCCUUGACUCAGCCUCCUUGCAGACCGCUUUGAUGUGGACACUCUUUGUGGCCACCCUCCCGGUUCCUUGGGGACGACAUGAACCCUAA